AUGUUACCUAUUCAAGACAUGAAUAUAAAAAACUCACCAUCUAGCCUUAACUCUCCUGCCUCCUACAACUGCAGUCAACCCAUCCUUCCCCUGGAGCACGGCCCCAUAUAUAUACCUUCUUCCUACGUAGAGAGCCGCCACGAGUAUUCAGCCAUGACAUUCUGUAGCCCUGCUGUGAUGAAUUACAGUUUUCCCAGCAGUAUCAAUAACUCGGAAGGUGGGACUGGUGGACAGACCACGAGCCCAAAUGUAUUGUGGCCAACUUCCGGACACCUCUCUCCUUUAGCAAUCCAUUGUCAGUCUUCACUUCUGUAUGCGGAACCUCAGAAGAGUCCUUGGUGUGAAGCAAGAUCAUUAGAACACACCUUACCUAUAAACAGAGAGACCCUGAAAAGGAAGACUAGUGGGAGCAGAUGUGUCAGCCCCGUUACCAGUCCAAGUUCGAAGAGGGAUCCCCAUGUCUGCGCUGUCUGCAGCGACUAUGCCUCAGGAUACCACUAUGGAGUCUGGUCAUGUGAAGGAUGUAAGGCCUUUUUUAAAAGAAGCAUUCAAGGACAUAACGAUUAUAUUUGUCCAGCUACUAAUCAGUGCACAAUAGACAAAAACCGGCGCAAAAGCUGCCAAGCCUGCCGACUUCGGAAGUGCUAUGAAGUCGGAAUGGUGAAGUGUGGUUCCCGGAGAGAAAGGUGUGGGUACCGCAUAGUGCGAAGGCAGAGAAGUUCCGAUGAGCAGCUGCACUGUCAGAACAAAGCCAAGAAAAACGGUGGACAGGUGAGCCGGGUGAAGGAGCUGCUGUUGAAUGCCCUGAGCCCAGAGCAGCUGGUGCUCACGCUCCUCGAGGCAGAGCCGCCCAACGUACUGGUGAGCCGCCCCAGCGCGCCGUUCACCGAGGCCUCCAUGAUGAUGUCCCUGACCAAGCUGGCCGACAAGGAGCUGGUGCACAUGAUCGGCUGGGCCAAGAAAAUUCCGGGCUUUGUGGAGCUCAGCCUGUAUGACCAAGUACGGCUCCUGGAGAGCUGCUGGAUGGAGGUGCUAAUGGUGGGGCUGAUGUGGCGCUCCAUUGACCACCCCGGCAAGCUCAUCUUUGCUCCAGACCUCGUUCUGGACAGGGAUGAAGGGAAAUGUGUGGAAGGAAUUCUGGAAAUCUUUGACAUGCUCCUGGCAACAACUUCAAGGUUUCGUGAGUUAAAGCUCCAACACAAAGAGUAUCUCUGUGUCAAGGCCAUGAUCCUCCUGAACUCCAGUAUGUACCCGUUAGCGGCAGCAGCUCAGGAGGCUGAGAGCAGCCGGAAGCUGACUCACUUACUGAACGCUGUGACCGAUGCCCUGGUCUGGGUGAUCGCCAAGAGCGGCAUCCCUUCCCAGCAGCAGUCCGUCCGCCUGGCGAACCUCCUGAUGCUCCUCUCCCACGUCAGGCAUGCCAGUAACAAGGGCAUGGAACACCUGCUCAGCAUGAAGUGCAAAAAUGUGGUCCCAGUCUACGACCUGCUGCUGGAGAUGCUGAACGCCCACACACUUCGUGGGUGCAAGUCCUCGGUCACAGGGUCUGAGUGCAGCCCAGCAGAGAAGAGUAAGAGCAAAGAGGACGCCCAGAAUCCCUGUCUCAGUGAUGCCCAGCCCUGA